UUGUUUGUUAACAAAUGGUUUAAUAGUGUGAAUCAGAGGAUAUAAUAAUGAAGUUUUUCAGGCAGAGAUCCUCAGCCUCUCUAUCGGAACAGCAAAAGAAAAGUUUGGGUCCAUUCAAUGGCACCGAUUAUAAGACCAUCGAUUCAAUCGAUGAAACCGUCAAAAAGCUGAGACAAGCGCUGAAUAAGUCAGAAAUUUUGGACAAAAAUAAUGAACAAUUCAAUGAUAUCAAUAAUAAACAACUAAUAACUAAUGAUGUCAAUGAUAUUAGUAGUAGUAGUAGUAGUAGUAGUGGUCAUUAUAGUAAAACUUUGACGCAAACCAUUAAAUAUGUGCCAAAUAAUGUCACUAACGCUGAGAUUAUUGUUAAUGAAAAUAAUAUGAGAAUUUGUUUGGAAAAUCUGAGACAAAAUAUUAUUUUACAUAAAUUAUAUUUCGAUAGUAUAGCCAAAAAUGACAAACACAAUGAAGACAAUAAUUGUGGUACAAGUAGUAGUAGUAGUAGUAAUAACAAUAAUGUCAGUCAUAAAGAAAAUAGUGAUAAUUCAAUGCAAACUAAAGCCAAUAGUGACGACACCCACAACACAAAAGUUAUAAAAACUCUUUGUGAAGAGCUUUUUGCAUCUCAUAUAUUAUUGGAAUUGAUCCUAAAGUUAUCACAAAUUGGUUUUGAAAACAGAAAACUAACGGCAAGUGUUAUCUGUAAUGCAUUACUAUUGCAAACAGAGAACAGGUAUCUAACUGUAGAAUAUAUUUGUACGGAACCGGAGAUUAUCUAUUCAUUGAUUGAUAUAUAUAAAUACGGAAGAAGUGAUGUGACAUUCAAUAGCGGACUCAUUCUUCGACAAUGUCUUCAACACCAAUGUUUGGCAAAAAUAGUUUUCAAUUGGAAACGAUUUGACGAAUUCUUCACGUUUGUCAACCAAAAGACUUUUGAUGUGGCAAUGGAUGCCUUCAUUACAUUGAGAACACUAUUGACUGAACACAAACAAUUGACCGACGAUUAUAUGACCCAAAAUGGUGUCAAAUUCUUCCAAAACUAUAUACAACUAAUUAAUUCAGACAAUUAUGUGACAAAACGCCAGUCAUUGGAAAUAUUGGCAAUUAUUUUGAGCCAAAGUGUUAUUAUUUGCAAAUUAUUUGCUUUAAAUACAACAUAUAUGGCAAUAAUAUACAAGCUUUUAUGGCACAAAUAUCGGCACAUUAGGUUUCGGGCGUUAAAUAUAUUUCAUGUAUUUAUAAAUAACGAAAGCCAACUGUCCAUUGAUGUUAUGGACUUUAUACUAUCGCAAUCAGAUAGAGAUAAGUUGCUUGAAAUGUUGAAUCAUUUUAAAAACUACAAAACGAAAUGCAAAUAUUUUUUAGCUCUCAAACCGUUUGCCGGAAAAUUGAUUCAGUUUUUCAAUACAUCUACAGAUGAAACUUAAAGU